AUGACACUAGUGAUAACCCAAAAAAAUUCAAGCAAAAGAGAGAGGAACAAAGAAAGGCGUCUGAAGCCAGCGGAAAUAGAAAAGCUUGGAAUAGUUUAUUCAUGCGACCCGAUACUAAAACAUAGCCAGGAUGUAUUGUGUGAAUCCGAAGAUCCUGCUGUACGCCUUGCUUUGGGAGAAACGAAAGUGAUUGUGGAGACGAAAGAAGCAUUUGCUAAAGCUGGAGUAAAUGUCACCUCUUUGGAAGAAUUUGCUAUAGGGAAAGGCGAUGGCAAGAAGAACCGAAGCAACCAUAUUCUCUUAGUUAAGAAUUUGCCAUUUGCUUCCACUGAAAAAGAACUGGCUCAAAUGUUUGGAAAAUUUGGAAGUCUAGACAAAAUUAUUCUCCCUCCCACAAAGACGAUGGCCUUGGUUGUUUUCCUUGAACCGGCUGAGGCACGUGCAGCUAUGAAGAAUAUGGCUUAUAAGUGUUUCAAAUAUGUUCCCCUGUUUCUAGAGUGGGCUCCUGGAGAUAUUCUUGAGCCAAAAGCACUUGUAGAUAACAAUGAAAAGAAGAUUCAUGUUGUGACAAGAGCCCACUCUAGAAAAGAUUAUAGACACAAACUAAUUGUCAAUUCAAGUGUACUUUAUGUUAAGAAUCUGAGCUUCAAGACAACUGAAGAGGGUUUCAAGAUGCAGUUGACUGAAAUGGUGAAGCAUGGAAAGAUUCUGCGUGUUAAGAAAACAUGUAAAAAAGGGAAGUGUCUUUCAACCGGUUAUGGUUUUGUCGAAUUCGACUCUAUGGAGACAGCAACCAGUGUCUACAGAGAUCUACAGGAAACUGUUUUGGAUGGGCACGCUUUGAAAUUUAGAUUCUCUAAAAGCAAGCAGAGUGACACGGUUGGGAACGGUUCAGAAAAGGACAAAAAUUCGAAAAAGUUACAUGUCAAAAACGUAGCUUUUGAAGCAACCAAGAAAGAACUAAGACAACUAUUCAGUCAAUUUGGUCAAAUAAAAUUGAGUAUCCAAAGAGGAAUAACAGACAUGCUGGUUUUGCUUUUAUUGAACUUGAAACAAAGCAAGCAGCUUUUAAACGCGAAAAAAGCAUUUUCCGGCAUCCAUUUAUAUGGACGCCCUUUGUUGUUCGAGGGGGCCAAAGAUGACAAUAGCAUGAAAGCUAUCCGAGAUCGUUCUGCUGCCAAGUAUAUGGACCAAGAAUACGAUAAUCCCAGAAAGUUAAGGAGAUGCUCGCCGGGUUGUUGCUUCAAAGAAGAAUGA